CUCCUCCUCUUCCUCCUCCCUUCCACGAAAAUAAUUGGCAUCCCAAAGAAAGGGACAGCCAACCACCACAUCAUCCUUCAUAUACCUUCAUUGCAUCAUUGUCAAUAAGAAUAAAAAUCAAAAUCAAUUGAUGGAACCAGAGUUUAGUUUUGGUGACUAGACUCUGGUCGCCUCUCUUCAAUUAUACCUGGGGAUAUCAUCACCACUAUUACCACUUCCACCACUUCCACCACUUCCACCACUACCACCGCUUACCACCACCACGACCGCAACCAUGCCGGUAUACCAGCGCCAGCGCUCCCACGACUGGCUCGGCCCGCGCCCCCUGCGCAUCCUGCCGGCGCCCCCGGGCUACACCACCACCUGGCCGCUGCUCCCGCACCUCGAGUUCUAUACCCCACCCCCCCUGACCAUCGACCCCACGAUCUUCUGCCCCCUGCAGCCAGACUCGUUCUCCCCCCCGGGCCUGCGCACCGCGAAGCGCGUGCACGAGCACGGCCUGCACACUGCCCUGAAGCCCGAGACCUCGCAGCUCGUCGCCGCGUCCGCGUACCCGUGGUGGUACGCCUUGUGGGCCAGCGCCGUGCGUGCGGCGGCGGUACCGAAGAAGUUCCGCUGGGCCCGCGUCUGGGAGGAGCGAGAGAAGCGGCGGGUGGAGAUUGCGAGCGCCGUCUACUACUACGGAGGCGGUGGCGAUGAGGAGGGAGAGGGAGAGGGAGCGGGGGCGGCUAAGUCUUCGCUAGCGAUGCUCGACCGCGAGAAGAUCCCCAACUUGAUCGACUGGCCUCCCGGCGGCCCGCACACCGUCUUCAGCAUGCACCCCACAGACCCGUGGUGGCCGCUGGAUUAUUAAGGUAUUGCCUAAGAGCUUAGUUGAUUACGGGGCCGUGUGCGUCUAAAGGUACGUAACCCAUAUUUAUCUAUUUAUUUAUAUCCUCCCU